AAAGGAAGGAAACUGGCAGCUCAUACGCGUCGCAUCCGCUUAACGUGGAGCAGGUGUACAUUCUGUACGUACAUAUAAACGCGCAUGGUUGAUGGAUCAUAAUCUAAAAUAAUUUACAAUCUGGGAGCUGCGAUUUUGCCGUGGCGAUGCUUGAUUCUUUCUUUAACAAAGGCUUCAAAGCUGCCAAAUGUAAAACUUUGCUGAAACUUACAAUUCCUCGAAUAAAGUUACUGAGGAAUCGAAGAGACAUUCAGAUGAAGAAUAUGCGUCGAGAAAUCGCCAAGCUGCUUGAGACUGGUCAAGAAGCCACCGCUCGGAUUCGGGUAGAGCAUAUUAUAAGAGAAGAGAAGAUGACGGCUGCACAAGAAAUAGUUGAGCUUUUCUGUGAGCUCAUUACCGUUCGCCUACCGAUUAUUGAAGCACAAAGGGAGUGCCCUCUGGACUUGAAGGAAGCAAUUUCGAGCUUAUGCUUUGCUGCACCAAGGUGUGCUGAUCUGCCAGAGUUGCUACAGGUGCAAAUGAUGUUUGCUGGUAAAUACAGUAAAGAAUUCGUAUCUGCUGCGACUGAACUUAGGCCGGAAUGUGGUGUCAAUCGGCAGUUGGUCGAGCUUUUAUCUGUUCGAGCUCCUGCACCUGAUGUUAAACUGAAGCUGCUAAAGGAAAUUGCUGAAGAGCAUGAGCUUGAUUGGGAUCCAAGUGCUUCUGAGGGUGAAUUAUUGAAGCCACACGAAGACUUACUGAAUGGACCGACACAGUUUGUCAGUGGUUCCAAAUUUCCCCUUCCCAAAGAGAAGAAUGAUGAGACAAAGUCAACUGCUCCAGAACCUGCUUCUCUAGAACAUAGUGAUUCUGAUGAAGACUUUGAGAUUAUAGAUUUUCCAGAAGUUCCUAAGCAGCCAUUAGUGUCAAAUAAAGACACAGUCUCAGUACCGGAGAUGCUCCCAUUUCCUGUCUCUGCACUUUCUGAGGUUGAUGAUCAAGAAGAACAUAAUCCUUCUGUAGGUAGUGAGAAUCUUCCAUACUUGGAGGCAAGACUUCCAUUGCCAGAGAAGUCAGUUAUAAAAGAAGAUGCAUCUCAUAAAAUCUCACCAGGUCAAAUGGAAAAUAAAAAGUUUGUGCCAUUCAUAUGUCCUCCAUCAGAGUUGUCUGCAUCAUUUCCUGUAAAAGAAUUCAAUUCACAUCCCUCAAAGACGAAAUAUGAUAAUGAAGAUUUACAGGAUAUACUGGCUGCUGCUCAUGAAGCUAGUGAAACAGCAGAACGUGCGGCAGCAGCUGCACGGUCAGCAGCUAGCAUUGCUCAACUUCGAAUUAGUGAGCUUGUCAAGAAAAAGGAUGAUGAAGUCUCAGAAUUCACUAUGGAGAAUCCAUUUUACCUUGACAAAGCUCAGACAGAUCCAGAAGGCAAGGCUGAAUUAGAUUUACAGAAACCGUUUGACAGUCCCUUGACAUCUCCAACUGAGAAUAACUUCUUUGAAAACUACAUGGCUCAUCAACCAGCAGCUCAUACCUCAUAUGAUGAUUUAAAAUGGGACUUUGAUUCCUCUCCUCACAGCAACAAUUUUCUCAGCCAUGGUAGUCUUCAGAAACCUCAGAUAUCACCUUCAUUGGAUGAUGAUACAUAUUUCUCAUACCCAAACUUAUUCACAUCGCAAGGCUCAAACGUAAGUUCUCCCAGUCAUUUACAGACUACAAGUAAGCAAUAAGUCUAUUAAUUGUAUGAUUUUUACUUUUUCAAACAUCUCGUUUCUCUUCAUUGGCCUUUUCAAGGUGAUCAAGGUUUUCUACCCAGUUUACACGUUUGAACUAAAGCUGCUGUAAAUUGGAAUUUUGUUAGUUCAUAUGGUUUAUGCUGAGAGGUGAAGACUAUCUCCUAUGUUUUUAGUAGAGCAGUUAUUUCUAUGAUGACACUGUAUCAGCAAUGUCACGAGUUAUGGAGAAUGUUCUACGUUCAAAAUGUUAGAUGUGAAUAUAUGUAUCUCACACGUAUAUAUGCACUUUUGUGGACAAUACUCUUUAGUAGGAAGGUAGGAUGCUGAAAUUCUUGGAUUUUUGAAGACGGAAAUAACAGUGUGAACUCACUGGCAUUGCACAUAAGCAAAGCACAACGACAUUGUUGUUUCCACUAGAGUGCUGCUGUGAUGUCUCUGAUAUGACAUUGGAAAUAAGACUAGGAAUGACAGCGUGUUGGGUUUGAA